GACAUAGGUAGAUGGAAGCGUACGAAAUAAUAAACAAACAAUAGUUAGGAAAAAAAACGAGAAGCUGUCUAUUUUAUUCGCAGUGAUUCACGUGGGUUGUUUGGUCGUCUAUGUAACUUUUUUUAAUAUAAAUAUUUUUUUUAAUAUUGCUUUUAAGCUACUUUUUUUCCUGUGAAUUGUAUAGUUAUAGAUAUUAUGCUCGUAAUUUGUAUGGUUAUUUUUAUUUUCCUGUUUAGUUCAAAUAAAAAUAGGUCGAUACUCCUGAAUAAAUGCCAUUCCUUAAGUUAAAGUUAGCUAAGAGAUUCAACGAAAAUGUCUGCAUCUCAAAAUAACGCAAAUAAUUGUACUACUAGUGAGUUGAAUGGCUCUGCUAGUACAAACCAGCUAGUACAAUCGCCAUUUGUAUUACAGCAGUUUAAUUUGCAGCAAAAUUCUCAAAUAUUAGACUUUAAUCAGUCACAGCAACAACAAUCUGGAAAAGAGCAAUGUGAGGUGCAAAAAGACCCUAAUAUGCAGCAAUCACAAGUGACACAACAAUCUAAUAUCGGACAAUCGGAAGCCCCACAACAAUCUGAUAUUGAACAAUCGAAAGUGCCACAACAAUCUAAUAUUGCGCAUUCACAAUUGCCUCAAUUCAAUAUGGCACAAUUGCAGGUGCCUGAACAAUCUAACAUGAAUCAAUCACAAUCCAACAGUGAACAGACUAAAGUGCCACAACAGUCUAAUGCUGAACAAUCAAUGAUGCAACAGUCUUGUAUGCAACAAUUGCAGCUGCAGUCUUAUAUGCAACCACAAUUGCAAUUACAGCUGAAACAGCAAUCACAAAUGUUACAACCUCAAUUACCUCAACAAGCACAGUUGCAGACUCAGUUGUUGCUGCAAACUUCUCAACAGCUAUCACAGAUUUUACAGCAGUCACAGCAACAAUCUCAGGCAAAUUUAAAUCAACAAUCUCAAUUAAAUAAUCAACCACAUUUCAUACAAUUAAUGCAAUCACCUCAACAACAGCCACAGUUAAAUCAGUAUGUGCAGAUGUUGCCACAAUCUGGCAUUUCUCAGACUUUAGUACAACAGCAACAAAGGAAAGAUAACUGUGCUCCUUCUUAUGUAAUUGGCAAUAUGAACAAUCAAGUUAAUGUUCCAGUUAACAGUCUUCAAUCACAGCCAAUGAAUGCAUUAUCUAACAUGAAUCAGAAUUCUUUAUUUUAUGUGCAGACUGUACCUCAACAAAUGGUAACACAAUUUAGCAACAAUUUUGGAACUCAAGUUAUUCAAUCUAAUAAUAAUAAUAUGCAAAUAGAAUCUAAACCUGCAUUGCAGAAUGUUAUAAAUUCAUCAGUGCCAUCACAGAUUUCUAAUUUUCAACAGAUUGUCCAACCCCAAAUUAGUCAAGGGAGUACUAGUUCAUGUACUACUAUGGUUCAACCUCAUGUGAGUCAAGCAGUAUCUCAAAGCUUUAGUUCGCCUACCCAUACAAAUAUGUCUUCUUUUUCACAGAUGCCUUUUCAACAAGUCCAACAAAACCAGCUCACAUGUUCACCACAAUUCAGACCUAUACUUCCUUCUGGGCCUAUUCCAGCAGCUACUCAAAUGUUCAAUAAAGGGAAUGUGCUAAAUGCAAAUCAAAUUGUUGGAACAUCAGCUUUUGGGGCUGCUCAACAAUCUUAUCUGAAUUGCUUGCAAUCACAUACAGGACCUGUGUUUGUAAUCAUGAAUAAUCAACCUCAGGUGUCCACUCAAGUUCCAUUCAGAUAUCAAAAGAGCACAAAAUUUGUUGCAGGAAACAGACCUCCAAUGGAUAAUGAGUAUCAAGGCAUGAAUGUUAAGCGUCGCAAGAUAAGUAGAAUGUUGCCAAAAAUUACAAAUCAAUUAGUAGCUCGAAAAGAAGUGCAAGCAUUUCCGAACAAACAACCUGUAGCUCCAAAAAUACCUAAUUUGGAACCUGAUACAACGCACCUAGAUGCACAAGUUAAGAUUAAUGUUCCUGAAUUUAAACCAGUUACAGUUUCUAUGAAUUUGAGUGAAUCUACAUCCUUAACACCACAAACGAAACUUACAACUCAAACUGAUAUUUUAUCUCACAAAGUAAACGACACAAUGCUUCUAAAUGACUGGAAAUCAGUUACUUGCUCAGUACAGUCAGUUGUUUCAUCAUCUCCUGCUGUACAACCUUUAAAUGUUUAUGUAAAUACCACUGGUUUUUCGGCUUCACUUACAGGGCCUGAAAUGUCUAGUGCAUCAACAGUGUUGUCGAACACACCUGCCAAAUUAUCCAGCGCGACAUCUGUGAUAUCUAGCAUACCAUCUGUAUUACCUAGCACCAUAUCUGCAUCAUUUCAAAAUAUGUCUUUAGUGCCAUCAAGCAUGCCACCUGUAUCAUUAAAUAUACAAUCUGUUUCAUCAAAUGUGCCAUCUGUAUCAUUAAGCAUACCAUCUGUGUCAUCAAGCAUGCCAUCUGUAUCAUUAAGUAUACCAUCUGUGUCAUCAAGCAUGCCAUCUGUAUCAUUAAGUAUACCGUCUGUGUCAUCAAGCAUGCCAUCUGAUGAGUCAAAGUCAGAAAUUGUAUCAUUAAGUAUGCCAUUUUUGUCAUCAAGCACACCACCUGUAUCAUUAAGCACAUCAUCUGUAUCAUCGAGCACAUCAUCUAUAUUGACAAGCACACCAUUUUUUCCACUGUCACCUGUGACAACAAGUGAGCUAAGUUUAUUGCCAAAUGUGUCAUCACAGUUGUCUAAAUCUCCACCUGUAUUGCCAAAAUUAUCGCCUUCAUUAUCAAAUUCACCAGUCUCAUUGCAAAAAACUCCUCCGUUGCCCAAAUUACUUCCUGAAAACUCCCAAAUUCCAUUGUCAAGCUCGACAUCCACAACAAAAUCAUCAUCUAUUUCGUCAAGCACAUCUCCCUUACCAACAGUCACGCCGUCCUCAUCAAACACUGAACCUGUUUUGCAAAGAAUGUUGUCCCCUAUAGAAGACGCCACUAAGUUGCCAGAUGUAUCAUCUGCAGUGUCAAACACACCACAAAAAUCACUGGUACCCACACUAAAAUCUGGUUGUGAGUUGUAUGAAUCAAAGUCAGGAGUUUCUGAGCCUUUAAAUGAAAUUGUCACACCAAAGAAAAGUGAACCCUUUAUGUUAGGGGCAAAAGUCGACCAUUUAGAGUCUUAUAAACCUAUUAAAGUUUCUCCUCCAACUUUAAUCAAUGAAAAGGAAAUUCAAACAGCUGUUGUGAGGCCAAGUAUUUUGACUCACUACAUAGAUGGAUUUAUGAUACAAGAAGCAAACGAGCCUUUUCCAGUUUCAUCACCUUAUCAAAACUGCACUACUUGUACUUCAUCAAGGAUUCAGAAGUUCAUUGAAAAACUAUCGACUGAUUCUCUUAGUAAACGAGCUGCUGAUUCUCUUUCAAAACCAGUUACUGAUUCUUUUUCAAAAUCAGUUACAGAUUUUCUUUCAAAACCAGUUACAGAUUCUCUUUCAAAACCAGUUACAGAUCCUCUUUCAAAACGAUUAGCUGAUUCUAUUCCAAAGCUCUCAACAGAGACUCUUUCAAACCCAUCAACAGAUUCUGUUUUGAACUCAUCAACUGAGCCUCUUUCUAAACCACAUGAAGACCCUCUCUCUGAACCACAAACAGAGCCUCUUUUAUCUAAACCAAAAACAGAGUCCCUUUCUAAACCACAAACAGAGCUUCUUCCUCAACCACAAACAGAGCUUCUUUCUAAACCACAUACCAAGUCUCUUACAAAUUUAUCAUCAGUAUCUCAUACAGAACCAUUACCACAAUAUCUUUCUAGAUUACGGCGGAAGUCUCUUUCAAGAACACCAUUAGCGUCUCCAAAAGCUUCUACUCCUGAUGAAAAAGGCGAAGUUUUAAUCAAAAGAGGUCGGGGUAGGCCAAGAAAAAAAAGUCUCCCAGAAAAAUGUAUUUCUAAGUCAUUAGAGGAAUCAACUGCAGAGAUUGAGAUUAUGAGUGAGCCAGAAAAAAAGGAAAGUGUCAUUAUUUUAGAUGAUAAGAAAGAAGAGAAUCUAGAUCCACCAAACCUCAUUCCUAUCCAUUUACUUGAUCCCAGUGUUUCUCUAUCAAAAUGGAGUGUUGAUGAUGUUUACACAUUUGUAAAAAGCAUUCCUAUUUGUGCAAAUGAUGCAGAUUUGCUUAAAGAAAAUGAAGUUGAUGGUGCAGCACUGUCUCUGUUGAAGAUGGAGCAUCUCAUAGAUUCAAUGGGAUUUACAAUGGGACGUGCAUUAAAGUUGAUGGCAGAAGUUGAUAAAAUAAAGAGGCUAUGUGCUUCUUAAAUAUCAGGAGAGAGGAAGAUUCGACUUAUCCUGUGUUGUCAAUUUAAUUGUAAUUUAAGUUUAUUUAACUAAGCUAGGAUGUUAGUAGUCCGGAAGUUCUUAAAAAAUAUUUUAAAAGUCUAAAAUAAAAUCACCAAAAAUGACCUUAAAAUAAAAAAUAAUGCUCUUAAAAAUUUUCAGAAAUAUAUUUCAUAUUAAUUUUAGAAAAAAAAAAUAUGUGUCCCAAUUUGCAUUUACAGAAUUUGCUGAAUACAGUAAAGGUUAGAAUAAAUAUGUUUUAGGUAAACAAGCAAAAAAAAAAUAUGUAUGCAUAUAUAAUAUAUCAGGGUGCGUAGCUUUUUUAAAAAGUGCUUAAAGGUGCUUAUUUUCAAUUUUUGUUUUUUAAAAGCUCUUAAAGGUGCUUUGGGUGUUUUUAAAAAGUGCUUAAUUUUCGAAAAUGAAAUUUUAUUUUUACCAUGUCGAUUUUUGCUGCGUAUUAUGAGCUGGAUUCGGUGAGAUUUUUGCACUCUUAUGUGCAACUCUGCUGCAUUUUGCAAGGUAUUCUCAAUUUCAAGCUUCAUUUUCCACCCUCAGAUAUCAAGCCGAAAAAUCUCUUUAUCAUUUUAUAAUGGCCAAUAUAAUCAAGAAAAAGUUCUUUGUCAGAAACUAGUUAUUUUAUCAUGAUCAGAUAAAGUCUUUUAAAAUUAUUUUGCAUUUUGUUAAUGUAUAUAGUUGCUUGAAAAUAUUUUUUGAGUGCUUAAAAAGUACUUAUUUUUUGUUGAGAGAUUUGGCUACGCCCCUGUAUAUAUACAGUCGAACCCCGAUUUAAGGAAUUCAUAGAGACAGUGACUAUCAUUCUCUAAAUUGGUGAUAAUUCGUAACAUCGGGCAAAAUUUGGUAAAUGGAAGUUUGUUAAACUGGGUCCAACUGUGUAUAUAUCUAUGUAUAUAUGUACAUAAAUGCUAGAUAAAUAUAAAUGAUAUUGUUAAAAUCUUUCAAGUACAUCUGAGUUUGUUAAGUAUUAUUAAAUGUUCUUUGAUAUUCUCAAAAAUUGAAAGAUUGUCCGUUGUUCAACAGCAGAUUCUUAAGUCUUGAAAAACUCUGUUUAACAUCUAUACUUGUUAUUAUUAUUUUUUAAAUAACAAGUUUCAAUGCAAAAUUAAACUAA